UGUGUGUGUGUGUGUGAGCAAAGACACUGCAGAGGAGGAGGAGGAGGAAGAAAGAGGAGGAAGAGCGGCGGCUUCUGGCUUUGUUUUUGAGUCUGUUUGACGGACAGUUGAGGGAAGUGAUGAAGAUGGUGAUGAUGUGCUUCCUCCACCCUGCGCGGGCUCAGGUGAGCCCCGGGCUCCGGACUGAGUGCUAGCCAUGCUGCGGCAGAGCGAGCCGACCUCCAGCACGCUGCAGCUGGUCGCCAACGACUUGACCGGCAUCAUGGAGACGCUGGACAGCCGCGAGCUCGACCUGGAAGACGGCGAGUACGACACGACCGACGCCCACGGCUCAGCCGAGCGCCUUCCCUUCACGGCCGUCUACCACAUGGUGGCUUUCAAGGAGGCCGAGGCCAACGUCUUCCUGUCCUCGCCGGUCACGGCCAAGUUCCUGGAGGUGGAGCGCUUCACCAAGAACCAGGACCGCUUCAACGUGACGGCGCAGAGGAGCGUCAACAAGUCACUGCCGGCGGUGUUUAACAUCGAGAUGAAACACGGCGAGUUCACCUGGCUGGUGAAGAAGAAGGAGAAGCACUUUAUGGAGCUCCACAGGGAGCUGAGGACCUACAAGACCUUCAUGAAGCUGCCGCUGCCCACGAGAAGCCACACGGUGAGGAGGCUGUCGGCGGCGAGGAGCGAGGUGAAACCAAUCCCCAACCUGCCCAGAGGAGGAGGAGACGAGCUGGAGAGAGACGGCCAGGUCUCCAGUCGACGGAAACAACUGGAGGAUUACUUGAACAACCUGCUGAAGAUGCCGAUGUACAGGAACUACCACGCAACGAUGGAGUUCAUCGAUAUCAGCCAGCUGUCCUUUAUCCACGACCUGGGACCGAAGGGCCUAGAAGGAAUGGUGCUGAAGAGAUCCGGAGGCCAUCGGAUCCCCGGAUUGAACUGCUGUGGUCGAAGCAGAAUGUGUUACCGCUGGUCCAAACGGGUGUGUGUGUGUGUGUGUGUCCUCUACAGGUAUGUGAAUGGACAAACGUACAUGGAGGACGUGGCUGAUGCUCUUGAAGAAGCCAAGGAAGAAAUCUUCAUCACAGACUGGUGGUUGAGUCCGGAGAUCUUCCUGAAGAGGCCGGUUGUCGAGGGCAACCGCUGGCGCCUGGACUGCGUCCUGAAACGCAAAGCGCAACAAGGCGUGCGGAUCUUUGUGAUGCUGUACAAGGAGGUGGAGUUGGCGCUGGGCAUCAACUCGGAAUACAGCAAGAGAACGCUGCUGACCCUUCACCCCAACAUCAAGGUGAUGCGUCACCCCGACCACGUCUCCUCCGCCGUCUACCUGUGGGCGCAUCACGAGAAGAUCAUCGUCGUCGACCAAUCGGUGGCCUUCGUGGGCGGGAUCGACCUGGCGUACGGUCGCUGGGACGACCGGGAGCACCGGCUGACGGACGUGGGGAGCGUCACGCUCACGAACCCGGAGCAGGGGGAAGACGGCUCCUCUGGGACGGCCGCCCCGGCUAACAGCGCCGCCGCCGUCGCCCAGGGCAACGGGAGAGGCAUCUUCACGGUGACGGACUCGGUGGACCAGCCCAGGCUGAAGGGUCAGGGGAGGACGAGGAGGAGCAGGUUCAGCAUCAGGAAACACCUGCAGAAACACGGACUGGCCCACGCUGACAGCGACAGCAAGCUGGAGGAGGCCGAGAGAAGCCACUCGACGUGCAGCCUGCAGACCGACGUCGGGCCGCUGCUGGGAAACGCGCGCUUUUGGCACGGGAAGGACUACUGCAACUUUGUGUACAAGGACUGGAUCCAGCUGGAAAAACCCUUUGCAGAUUUCAUCGACCGACACACGACCCCCAGGAUGCCGUGGCACGACAUCUCCUCGGCGGUUCACGGGAAAGCGGCCCGGGACGUGGCCAGACACUUCAUCCAGAGGUGGAACUUCACCAAGCUGGUGAAGCCUAAGUACCGCUCCCUGUCGUACCCGUACCUGCUGCCCAAGUCUCACACCACGGCCGCGGAGCAGCGCUAUCAGGUCCCCGGCUGCACGCCGGCCCGGGUGCAGAUCCUCCGCUCGGCCUGCGAUUGGUCGGCUGGCAUCAAGUACCACGAGGAGUCGAUCCACAACGCCUACGUGCACGUCAUCCAGAGCAGCCGCCACUUUGUCUACAUCGAGAAUCAGUUCUUCAUCAGCUGUGCAGACAACAGACUCGUCUUCAACAAGAUAGGAGACGCUAUAGCCGAGCGCAUCAUCCGAGCACACAAGGAGGGGAAGAAGUACCGCGUGUACGUGGUGACGCCGCUGCUGCCGGGCUUCGAAGGAGACAUCAACACCGGGGGGGGCAGCGCCAUCCAGGCCGUCAUGCACUUCAACUACAGGACCAUGAACCGAGGAGACCACUCCAUCAUCUCCCAGCUGCAGAGAGAGAUAGGCGACCAGUGGAUGAACUACAUCUCCAUCGCCGGCCUGCGGACCCACGCCGAGCUGGAGGGGAAGCUGGUCACCGAGCUCAUCUACGUGCACAGCAAGAUGCUCAUCGCCGACGACAACACCGUCAUCAUCGGGUCGGCCAACAUCAACGACAGGAGCAUGCUGGGAAAGAGGGACAGCGAGGUGGCGGUGAUCGUGGAGGACUCGGAGACGGUUACCGGGGUGAUGGACGGGCAGGAGUACCGGGCCGGCAAAUACGCCCUGCGGCUCCGCCUCGAGUGCUUCAGGAUGAUUUUGGGUGCCAACACGGACGCGUCCAUCGACGUGUCCGAUCCCCUCAGCGAUCAUUUCUACAAGGAGAUCUGGAUGUCGACCUGCGCUCGAAACGCCGCCAUCUACCAGAAGGUCUUCAGAAGUCUUCCGUCCAGCGACGUCCGUAGCAUCCUGGAGCUGGAGGGAUACCUCGCCGAGCCGGGCCUGGAGAAGGAGGACCCGGUCCGGGCUCGCGAGGAGCUGCAGAGGAUCCGCGGAUUCUUGGUCCAGUUCCCUCUGCAGUUCCUGUCCGAGCAGAACCUGCUGCCCCCCAUCGGCUCCAAGGAGGCCAUGGUGCCCAUGGAGGUCUGGACCUGAGGCCUCGGCAACACCACAACAUCCGGACGGCUUGCAGGUUCCAAAGAACCCGACUCGUGCCAUUCUGGAGGUCAAAGCGGCUGAAAACAACCUUUUGAGAUACGGUUUUAGCGUUAUUUACUCCCAGUUACAUCAGAUAGCUGCAUGUGACGAUAUCUGGCCUUUGCACAACAAAAUAUAUGUAACUGUUUGUUUGUGCAGUAGAAUCAUUUAUGCACAAAGUAACAAAGCGUUUCUUUGGCGCAGCAGAGAUAAAAACCUCACUGAUGAUGAUGAUGAUGAUGAUGAUACACUUUCAGAGGAACAAACACGAGCGGUCACAUGAUCAAACGGGUGAAACCUCACUUUCCGUUCGCAGGGGCGGUUUGUGAGAUUUGAUGCCAUCUCGGUUUGGCUUCGCAGAUUGCAAUACGUUAUACAUAAUUACCACUUCUAACAUGAUAAAAAAAUAAUAUAUAUAUAUAUAUAUAUAUAUAUAUGUUCAGCUAUAAUGUAUAGUGACGCCCCCAGAGCUGAUUAUACACAAAAGAAAACAUAACUAUAAAUAUAAUACUCGCUGAACAACAGCUACUUGGCCUCCGUGAGGAGAGGCUUCUAGCUGCAAAAUCACCCAGAAUGGCGUCCGCUGUGUUCAAGGACGCCAGCGGUGCACCGGCGCGUGCACCUGAGCCAGAUCACACGUACGCGUGUGCCGCUGUGACAACGCAGAGGACACGCGUGUACCGACGCACAGCAGGCGUUUACAAGAAGGACAAGCGAUGAGCGAUAGGCUCCGCCCACUCUGCUACCACACUAUGCAACGACAGAGAGACAAAGUGGCUUUGGCGAGGACGUCCCCGGGCGUCUCUGAAGCUUUAAUAUUUAUGUCAAACAGGAAAUCACAAGUGCCAAAGUGGAGCGACUGUUGAGAGCAGAUCCGUGCAUCCCGGAGACCUUCACGCCGUGAUCGGCGCUCUGGAGAAGCGUCUUGAUUCACGGGUCGGUCUUUUCCACGUGAUGGUGAUGAGUGAGCGACUAUAAUUUGGGUGAAUCUUUAUUCGUUAAUAAACAUUCAUUUGUUUCUCGAGUA